AUGAGCACUGCGCGUGCCUCCCUUCUGAUGGCACUCGUCGGCUCGACGCUGGCCGACCAUUCUCUCGCCGAGAGGCAGACCACGCCCAUCUGCGGCAUCACCGGCACCGAAUCACAGCUACCGUCCGCCGUAUCGGUCCUACGAGCAAAUAGGAGCCCUACUGGUUGCAUCAACUUCUGCAAGAAGUCUCGAUCCUGCCGAAGCUUCGCUGUGAGCUCUACGUUCUGCUGGCUAUGCAACCACGCGGGAGGGACCAAUUUCAGAUACAACGCAGCGAGCAACUACAAGGCACCCCAUCUCAUACAACAGCUACCACCAGCUCGACCGGUGGCGGUACUAUGCCCUUUGUUGAGCCCGACGUUCAAGGUGGAUUGCAAGUCCAAGAUCACCGUUGUGCAGAACAACCAGCCAUUCUCCAUCGACAAGUCACCGCGAACCAUUCGCACGGCUGCUGGAACAACGGCCGAGGGAAUGCUUGCACAUCCACUGAAACUCAGCUCUACAAGCCGUGCUCGUCGACGCAGCAUCUACAGCGAAGGUCUAGUGCCACGCUGUGUGAAGAACCUAGAGCAGCUCGUCUGCAGGGAUAAGAAGGACGCCACUCCUCCUACCGCCAAUGGCUGGAGUAGCAAGGGAUCAGACUGGAUUCCUGAUUUCACUAUAUAUGGUGCAUGCAUCAAGGCAGCCGAACUUUACGCCAACGUCGUGGCAUCGCCAAUCGGAGCGAAGGCUUUCAUCGAUACCGGCCGGAAUCGAUGCACUUGUAUGUGUCCCAACCCAACGCUGCUGUGCGGGACCACUGCCGAGAACGCCUACUGCACCAAUAUCUUCUCGAACGAGAGAGAAAACUGUGGAGGCUGUGGACGGACUUGUCCUGAAGGCACUAAAUGCAAAGGAGGCAACUGCGUCUGCCCAAUCGACCAAUGCGGCAGCACGUGCCUCGACUUGCGACAGAACCCCUUCCACUGCGGUGCUUGCAACAACGCAUGCCUGUCAGCCGAACCCUGCUGCACCAAAGGAGCCUGUAUCGCUGCGCCAAAGGAAUGCGUCGCCGGGCUAUCCAACCCAACUUCUCAAAGCGACUUUGAACAGGACUGGAAAGUCGACGCCUGCGCCGAUUGUCGAACGGGUUACGACGAAGGCUACGACAAAAACGGCGAGAGCGAAGUCUUCGUCGUCACGCCCAAGGACAAAGGCCAUAGUGUUGUCGAGUUCUCUACGAUGAUGACGGCAUGUCCCGGUCAGAACUACAAGCUGGGAUUUGGCAUGUUCCGUGACCAAGGUUCGGACAGCUGUGAGCUCACCAUCCCAGCCGGCGGGCGGCAGCUGUCGACGAUCAAUAUUUUGAAGUGGAAUGAAAACGGCAACGAGCAGAGACUUCAGGACAGGACUAUUGAUGCUGGGUCUUUCCAAGCUGGAGGUGUGGUCCAGAAGAACAGGCUGUCAUUGAAUGUGCCGUUGGCCUUCUCGAUGAAAUGCUCGGGCGUCUUCGCGGAUAGUUUCGAUGGGCAAAAUCAAGUUCGAUUUGGGCAUUUUGCUUUAACGGCCGCCUGA